AUGGUGGACUUCCUCUGCUCAUUGACUAACCCUUUGACAGCCAAGGCCCGCUCAGAGGCUGCUCAUGAGGUGCCUCAGACUCCAGCCGAGUUUAUCGCUGCUUUCAGAUGCUCAAAGCACUUCUUCAAUCUCAAUCUAGAAAUGAUACAGUAUGACAGUAGCUACCCAUUGUCAGGAGCUGCCCAACACAUCAUCUACUUGGUGCCUGCCGAGAAAGAUUCUUUUGUCCGGGCAAGGUUGCCUUGGAGUUGGACGUUGUCAACCAGUAAAAGGGCGGGUAUCUGUGGAUAUCCAUGCAGAUACCUGCCAGCGCCAGCGGAUGUGGAUGCCUGA